UUGUUUUCAACUCGGCGCGGGAGACCCGGACGAGCUGUCGGUGAAGCGGUCUGGCGAAGAAGUUUCCGGUGGUUUGUGAAAAUGCCUUGUGAGAGGAAGCCGAUGCGCUACGGGCACUCGGAGGGACACACCGAGGUCUGCUUCGAUGAUUCUGGGAAGUUCAUUGUGACCUGCGGGAACGACGGGGACGUUCGGAUCUGGGAGAGUCUGGAUGACGACGACCCCAAGUUCAUCACGGUGGGCGAGAAGGCCCACUCUCUGGCUCUGAAGAACGGGAAGCUGGUGACGGCCAGCUCCAACAACACGGUGCAGAUCCACACGUUCCCGGAGGGGGAGCCGGACGGAAUCCUGACCCGGUUCACCACCAACGCCACGCACGUGGCCUUCAACCGCAGCGGCUCCAGAGUGGCUGCUGGCUCCAGUGACUUCCUGGUGAAGGUGGUGGAGGUGGCGGACAGCAGCCGGCAGAAGACGCUCCGCGGCCACGAGGCUCCGGUCCUCAGCGUGGCCUUUGACCCCAGAGACGACUUCCUGGCCUCGGCCAGCUGCGACGGCUCGGUGGUUCUGUGGAACAUCGAGGAGCAGACCCAGGCGUUCAGCUGGCCCCUGCUGCAGAAGACCAGCGAUGUGGGCGGCGCCCGCUCGCUGUGCCGGUUGGCCUUCCAGCCCGCCGCCGCCCAGUUCUUGGCUGUUCCCGUGGAGACCAAGGUCCACCUGUACCAGCGGGGGUCCUGGGACCACGUGGGCACUCUGUCCGAAGACCUGCUCACACAGCCCAUCAACGUGGUGGCCUGGUCCCCGUGUGGCCGGCUGCUGGCGGCCGGCGGCGUGGGCGGCUCGCUGACCGUCUGGGACGUGGACAGCAAGCUGUGUGUUGAGAGGCAGAAACAUGAGAAAGGCUUCACGGUGUGCAGCCUGGCCUGGCAUCCCUCCGGGGGGCAGAUCGCCUACACCGACACCGAGGGCUGCCUGGGCCUGCUGGACGGGCUCAGCGGCGCCACCUGCAGCUCAAAGCAGGAGCCUCCAAAGAAAGUCACGAAAGACUACGACGACCUGUUCGACGACGAUGACGACGAGGGGAAAAUGGACGAAGGGCUGAGCUCCCCGGUCAGGAAACCCGUCGCCAGGGAGGAGGAGGAGGAGGAGGAAGAGGAGGAUUUCCCCAUGCCCUCCACGGGGCGAGUGAGGAACCGGGGGGCCAUCCUGGAUGACGAGAACUCAAUGGACACCGUCUCUCUGCAUUUGGGUCGGGGGGGAUUGGAGGACGACGGCGAUGCCGACAUCGCCGUGGCGACGGCGGCGGCCCCCUUGGCGCCGCUGCGCCCCGUCUACGAGGGGCCCAUGCCCACCCCCCCCCCCAACCCCCCCCCCCCCGCCCCCCCCCCCGCCCCCCUCACGCACCGCUUCCUGGCCUGGAACUCGGUGGGGAUCGUCCGGGGCUACAACGACGAGCAGGACAACGCCAUCGACGUGGAGUUCCACAACACGGCCGUGCACCACGCCAUGCACCUCACCAACUCGCUGGGCCACAGCAUGGCCGCCCUGUCCCAGCAGGCCGUGCUGCUGGGCUGCCCCGGCUCCCACGGGCUGGCCAGUAAGCUCCAGUGCCUGCACUUCUCUUCGUGGGACACCAAUAAGGAGUGGAUGGUGGACCUGCCGGAGGGCGAGGACGCCGUGGCGCUGUGUCUGGGUCAGGGCUGGGCGGCCGCGGCCACCAGCGCCCUGGUGCUGCGGCUCUUCUCCAUCGGGGGGGUCCAGAGGGAGCUGUUCAGCCUGCCGGGGCCCGUGGUGUGCAUGGCGGGCCACGGCGAGCAGCUGCUCAUCGCCUACCACCGAGGUGUGAAUCCGUUUGCUAAGGAGGCGGCUUCACCUGUGACGCCUUCACUGACGCCGGUUGGAAAAGUAGGACGAGCAAAUCCUUUCAAGGUCAGCGGCUCUGGGAGGCCGUCGUCCUCGUCCGGAAGACGGUGCCGCUGGGGGGGGGCGGCGGCGAGGCCCGGCAAAAGCCCCGUCCUCAAACCGCUGGCCCCCAGGACCAAGACCAAGACACAGUCCACCCUGCUGACCAUGGCGGUCAGUAAGAAGCCUCAGGACGGCGUGGAGCUGAAGCAGCCGGAGCCCCCGAGUCCAGCUGAGGACGCCGAGAACCAGAGGCCAAAGACGGGCUUCCAGCUGUGGCUGGAGGAGAACAGGAAGAACAUCAUGGCCGACUCACCCGACCUGGAGGAGACGGAGGUCAUCAAAGAGGCCAUGUCGCGCUUCCGGACGCUGACCGCCGAGGAGAGGCUGGCCUGGACGGACAGAGCCAAGCGCCCGGGCAGAGAGGAGGAUGUGAAGAAGAGGAAACGGGCCGAGGGAGAGGCGGCGGAAGCUGCCGGAAAAAGCCCGGAGAAGAAGAAGGCGGCGGACGCCUCGUCCAGGCUGUCGGCGUUCGCCUUUCAGAGCUGA